CAACAUCACCGGUCACGUGAUAUGUUCUUGGUUCUUGUAGACGUGUUAAGGAUUGAGGUUUUAUCGGUUCAACCAGAAGAAAAUUUGGUCGGUUGCUGUAAGAGUUUAAGGUGUCUAGAACGCUGAGUAUCCUUCAAGUUCUACAAUGGGAAUAAAAUUCCUGGAAGUCAUAAAACCAUUCUGCAGCAUAUUGCCAGAAAUAGCAAAACCUGAAAGAAAGAUCCAGUUUCGAGAGAAAGUGUUAUGGACUGCAAUUACUUUGUUCAUUUUUCUUGUAUGUUGCCAAAUUCCGUUGUUUGGUAUCAUGAGUUCAGACUCAGCUGAUCCUUUCUAUUGGAUCCGUGUAAUCUUAGCAUCCAACAGAGGCACCUUGAUGGAGUUGGGUAUUUCACCAAUUGUUACGUCAGGUCUCAUCAUGCAACUGCUUGCCGGAGCUAAGAUCAUUGAAGUUGGUGACACUCCUAAGGACAGAGCACUUUUCAAUGGAGCUCAGAAAUACUCAGCUGAUCCUUUCUAUUGGAUCCGUGUAAUCUUAGCAUCCAACAGAGGCACCUUGAUGGAGUUGGGUAUUUCACCAAUUGUUACGUCAGGUCUCAUCAUGCAACUGCUUGCCGGAGCUAAGAUCAUUGAAGUUGGUGACACUCCUAAGGACAGAGCACUUUUCAAUGGAGCUCAGAAAUUUUCAGGUCGUGGCACAGAGUUUGAAGGUGCUGUAAUUGCAUUGUUCCAUUUGUUGGCAACCAGACAAGAUAAGGUCAGAGCACUUCGUGAAGCAUUUUAUCGGCAGAAUCUGCCUAACCUAAUGAAUUUGCUGGCCACAGUUCUUGUGUUUGCCAUUGUCAUAUACUUCCAGGGAUUCCGGGUGGAUUUGCCAAUCAAAUCAGCUCGCUACAGAGGCCAGUACAGUAGUUAUCCUAUCAAGUUAUUCUACACAUCAAAUAUCCCAAUCAUUCUACAGUCUGCGCUUGUGUCCAACUUGUAUGUGAUUUCUCAGAUGUUGGCAGUGAAAUUCACUGGUAACUUCUUUGUGAACCUACUUGGAGUGUGGGCAGAUGUUGGAGGUGGUGGUCCUGCGAGAGCAUAUCCUGUUGGUGGAUUAUGCUACUAUUUGUCACCACCCGAGAACAUUGGACACAUCCUUGAAGAUCCGAUCCAUGCAGUGCUAUACAUUAUUUUUAUGCUUGGUUCCUGUGCAUUUUUCUCCAAGACAUGGAUAGAUGUGUCAGGAUCAUCUGCAAAAGAUGUUGCCAAACAGCUCAAGGAGCAGCAGAUGGUGAUGAGAGGUCAUCGUGAUAACUCCAUGAUCCGAGAGUUGAAUCGUUACAUCCCAACUGCAGCAGCCUUUGGUGGUCUGUGUAUUGGAGCACUAUCUGUCUUGGCUGAUUUCCUGGGUGCCAUUGGAUCAGGCACUGGAAUCCUCCUUGCAGUGACAAUUAUUUAUCAGUACUUUGAAAUAUUUGUCAGAGAACAGAGUGAAAUGGGUGGCAUGAGUACAUUAUUGUUCUAAACAUUAACCAUAGGUUGCAGUUGUGCAUUCAGUAUGAGUACCCAUGAUUUGGUUGCUUUCCUUCAGCAGUUUCACCGAAAGAAAUUCUGAUAGGCAGACGAGGAGUAUGUUGACUGAAGGCUUCAGAUCUAUGAGUAUGAAGCAUCUGGAUGCACAGCUUUGUGUUGUGGCUAUAUGCAGAGAGAAUUUAAUUAUUAAGUUAUAUUUUAUGGAUAAGUAUGUCUUCAACCUCAACUCUGGAUUAGAGAUUCCUUUUAGUUCCAUUUUCUCCAGAAGGAACCAGAUCUGAUUCAGAGGAAUGUUUUAAAUGGGCAGCCAGUUGCGAUAUAAUGGCAAGUGGGUAUAUAUUUGUACAUUGUGAGAAGAGGAAAUUAUGCAAAGAAAGAAGAUAAAUGCAUUUAUAUAUAUCACCUGCUUUCAGUGAGUUGUGAAUUUGUAAGUAUGGUAGUGAGGGUAAAUCAUUGGCGGAAAUGAUAAAUGCUGGCUUUUGUGUGUUAUAACACAGAUUGACUAGAAUGAGAGAAUGGUUUAACAUUAAAAUUGUGGAUUUCAUAAUUUA